UUGUACCCAGGAAUGACUGAAAUAAUCUUGAAGUGAACAACAUUUCUACGAAUUAUUUUCCUAAAAUUUACACAGAGAAGACCUUAUCAUCAACGGAAGAACCACAUAAAAAUGGGACGUCUCCCUUAUGGGCCAGGAAACGCCCACAUUCUACAGAGCAAGGGCCCAGACAAGGGGGUCAUGAAGUUCUACUGUACAGAAUAUUCAACCAACUAUGGCAAGGAAGGCUUUAUUCCUAGGACUGGUCAUCAUUCUGGUACUGGAUAUCAGUCUAAUUUUAGACCAGGGGUCUAUUACAGUCGUCGCUUGGAUGAGCUUGAUAACCCUGCAAUGGGUCGUCUUUUGACAGACAAUUACACAUCCAUUACCAAGAAACACUUUUUGCCUUCCAAAGGAUCAAGUGGCAUUGAUCCCUUCUCCAGAGGACUCUACAUGACAGUAACUAGUGGGUUUGUUAAAGACAUCCCUGUCACCAUUCCAAGAUCGAGACAGGUAAGAGAUAUUCACAUUGACACCAGAGCUAAGGGAACAGUGUAUCCAUUUCAUCGUCCCUUGCUGCACACUCUCAGACAGAAGGAUCCCAUUUCCAGAGAAAAUGCCUUCCAUGGACCAAGCUACAUGUCCACAGAAAACCACACCAACUUUCUUGGAACUACCAGUCAGCGAAUGGACACUUCAACAAAGACUGUGGGAUAUAAAGAGGGAUCAGGCUUUACACAUGCUUAUAACGAUGAGCCAAUCACUUUCAAUCCGAUGGAGGCUCAUGAAGGAAUAAGAGAUCCACGAUGGACUCACAGACCAACAGGCUCAAGUAUUAUGAAGAGAGAUUUUCUCCCUGUUGAAUAUCUGCAUGGGAAUGAGAGUCUGCCAGUUUUGUCUCAUGGAUCAGAACGUGGCACAGGAUUCACUCACGGCACAAAAGCAAGACCAGUUUUCUAUUCAAAAGUGGGACAGGAGUACACAAAACUUGCCGACCUUCAUUCACGAGUCCAAGAGCGAAUAAAAAAGCUGGAUCCAGCCGAAUACUCCAACAUGGCAAACCCUCAUAACUCCUCGAGCAUUGCCAAAUUAUCAUUCAGAGGAAAACAGAGAAAUGAUCCAACGGAAGCGGAGAGACUGGGUAACGUCUCCACAGGAACAAAGGAGCUAACUGGAUACAGUGAAAAUAACGACCAAUAUUUUGAGACAGCUGAGACUGUUGACUCUCUGAGAAGAUUUGAAACUCACUAUAAUGCCAAGCAUUAUGACAUGAAUCCACGUGGUGAAGAACGCAUGGGUCGAACUGACGGCAACGUGAUGAUCCAGUUACCGAAUGGCUUCACAAAAGGAACUAGUGUUCACACACUAGGACCUGAUAUCAACACCACAGCUGAGCUCCGCUGGAAGAAGCCCUAUGUAGCCAGGAGCAUAAAAGCAAGAGAUCCCUACUACGAUGACCACACGCAUGACGCCAAGCUGCACACCGCUGUCCCAAUAACUGCUUAACAAGUCGGUGAAUCAUACUUGGCAUCGAGUCAGAAUCAAGUUCAGCCAUAUCACUGCUUGGUCCUGUCUUCUUUUUCUUUCAUUUUUGUAAUUACCUUAUAUUAUUAUCGGUGUACCAGUAAUCUUCAAAAGUCAGUAAGUAAAAGUCAGUAAAAGUCAGUAAAAUUUGAACCUAAACCGAGCACGUUUUGAUCAGUACAGCCUGACAUGAUUUGAGAAAAUUUGUUUUUAAGUGAGUGUUUAGAGCAUAAUUAUGUUUAACGCCGUGCAAAUACAAAUACUUCGUUUAUUCGGUCAAAUUGCUGUUGUCGUUUUUUUACUCUUCUGUACUCUUAAUGUGUAGUCUUGUUCAAGUGAGUUAAGCGAUCAUUCUGUAGAUGCUGAAACGUUUCUCUUGAAAUUGAAGUUUAGUAAAAGCAAAUAAUAAAAAAAGCCAUACCCUUAGCUUACUUUUAUGAAAGCAUGAGCUGUUAAGUACAAGUCUGUUAAAUACAAUAAUAAAUCAAAAGAUACCGAUGCAUGACAUGGCAAAGGAAACAUAAAAAAUUACCUGUUUUUUCCUUGA